CUUUGCCAAAGGAUCAUGUGAGGAAGUUGAUCCUCUUCCCGCAACCAGGCCUCCCCACUCCCAGCCCCCCUCGUUCUCUCACCACGGGUCAGUCUGCAAUCCUGAGUAAACUUUGCCUGAGACAAACAGCCCAGAUUUUCCACCGCCUGGCUAGACUUCCUCAAAACCAGCUCAGCAUAAAGCCAAGCAGCCCGCGGGCAUUCGUCCACUCACUUGCAAUCUUUGGGUAUUUUAAAAAGCAACUUCUGCCCUGCAGACCUGCCCUUGCAAGAGAACUUUGGUGGCUGAGUUUUAACUCAGGUAAGACAGCUGUAGAAGAGAGGGGGUGACUGGUCUACCAAUUUCGGUUUCUGCUUUUUUCAGUCCUCUGCAUCACUUCAUGAUUUAUUUGUUUUUAAAAAAUGCAUUUUAGCAUGUAUUUCAACUGAUAAACAUCUUUUUGCAUGCAAUUUUUGCCUAAUAUACACCUUGUUUGCAGGGAAUUUAACAUAAUACAUUUGGUUGCAGUUUUCACUAAACUGCAUUUUUAUUCAUAUGAAUUCUUAUACUCGUUUGGGAGAUUGGGGUUGCAUAUCAUAGAAUCAUAAAGGACUGUGAGGAUUAUCUAGUCCAACCUUCUGCAGUGCAGGAAUAUGCAGCUGUCCCUUACGGAAACUGAACCUGCAAACUGGGCAUUAUCCACACCAUGCUCUAACCGACUGAGCAUCAGAGAACUGCAUUGCAAAAUCUGGAGAGCGGUGAAUUUUGAAGGAUGGCUGUGUUUCAGUUUACGUGUUGUUUUGAGAGAAGCACAAAUUAUGUGGGUUUGCAUUGAAACAUGGGCCAAAUCAAAGAUGUCUUCUCCAUCAACUAGAUGACCCUUCAAGGGUGGGAAGUGGGUGGGGAAAACUCUAUGAUCCUAUGAUCUAUGAUCCCUUCAUCCCUUAUUAAGGCUCAAACCUUCCUUAAGGCUCAAACCUCCCAUCAACCCUAACCAAUGUCGCCGAUGGUCAGCGAUGGUAAUCUAGACCUGCAUCAUCUGGAGGGCAACAUGUUGGCCAUCACUGCUACAGCCUUGCGGUGGUUUGUCAGUCAUCUAAAUCAGGCAUGUAAUGGGGGGACCUUUGGUCCUCUGCAGAUGUUGCCGAGAGACUCCCUCUCUGGCAACCUGGAGAUUUGCUGCCAGCCAAGCGUCAACAGCACUGAGCUAGAUAGACCCAGUGGCCCGACUCAGGAUAAGACAGCGACUUCUUACGUUCCUCUUUAAAUCAGCCCUUUCUUCAGAACCAUGAGGACUAGAAUCUUACUUUAUUUUGGGGGGUGGGAGGAACAAAAAAUCCUCUGAAAGAUCCCCUUAGAGGCCCAGUCCUAUCUCUAGGAAGGGCUGUGAAAGGCUCCUGUCUGAAGCCCUGAACCUACAGGGUUCCACUGAGAUUUAGCUUGCCCCAGUUUUUCGGUUUAUUUUUUUUUACUCCCUACGGAGCUGAACAAAGGUAACUAGAUCUUGGUUUUGCUGAAAGUGAUGACGUAUGGCGCUGUUUAGUGUAUUAAUGGGAACCAGCUGUGGCGCUGCACGUGACUCUUUUAUCUUCCUAGUCCUUUCAAAGGACGGGUUUUGGGGAGAGAGAGGGGGGAAGGGGCUGUAGAAGACAGAAAAAUAACUUGUUUUCAGCAGAAGUGCCGUCCAGGUAGGUUUUGGGAGGCAGCAGUCCAACGCCCCACCCGGCAGAAUGAGGGGGGACCCCAAACUUACCAAGACUAGCUCACUUCUUUUUGAACUCAGCAAACUUUACCAAUCUAAAGAGCUGGCCUUUCCUUCAAAGAGCUCAGGACAAGCAUACGUGGUUUUACCCAGUCAACACCCCUCCUCGUGUUAUACCUUACAACGACCCAGUGAGGUCAGUCAGAUUGGCAGAUGAGGACUGGCCAGAGGUCCCACUCUGAGCUUCCUGGGUGGCUGGCUGGGUUUGAUCCUGUGCAUCCUUACUCCCAAAUCAGAUCCAGCAUCCAUUAAAGGUGUGUGGCUUCCUGCAAAGGAUCCUGGGAACAGAUGUUUGUUCCAGGUGCUGGGGAUUGCAGCACUGUGAGGGCUACGCUACAGUCUGCAGGAUUAUUUGGGGGAAGCCAUGUGCUUUAAAUGGACGGUGUGUAUGUGACCUGAUACUUUCCUCCCUUCCUCAUCCUUGCCCUCCUUUCUCCCGUUCUAGGAUGUUGUGGACCACCUUCAUACUAGCUGCCCUGUUGCCAAUAGCCAAGGCUACUGAUGGCUCUCCUGAUGGAAUGCUGGACUCUCAGUGGGAGCUCUGGAAGAAAACCCACAGGAAGGAAUAUAAUGGCAAGGUAGGGGGACUGGGCAGCAAGGCGGGAAGGGGCAUUGGCCCCAGCUGGUUCUCUCCCAAGGCAAGAGCUGCUGGCCUGUUAUGAGGAAGGGCGCCAGCUCAGUGGCAGAACACCUGCUUUGCAUGCAGAAGGUCCCUAGUUCAAUCCCUGGCAUCUCCACGUAGAGUUGGGAGAGAUUCCUGGUUUGAAAUCCUGGAAAGCCUCCUCAGAUCUUUGCGGAACAACUCUAGUUGUUGCAAAAUGGGCUGCUUUUGGUGCAGCAUUGCGAGGAACAAAGAUCUACCUCUCUGCUGAGACAUUUCCCCACUGCUUGGGUCUGCUAGCAACAAUUUGUUCAUGCAGAGGGAAUACCAGAAAUUGUGCCCUUUGCACACAAUAGAAACCUGCAGAACAGCAGGUGGUCAGGAGGGGUCCAGGUGAAACCUGGCUGGGGGCCGCUUCUGGACCAAGGGCCACCAGGGAUUGUCCUGUACAUUAAGAUCUUGAACUAACCUUUUGUCUUUUUGUAACCUACAGAUGGAUGAGGUCUCCCGGAGGCUUGUAUGGGAGAAGAACCUUAAAUACAUCAACACCCAUAACUUGGAAUUUUCUCUGGGAAGGCACACUUUUGAAUUGGCUAUGAACCACCUGGGAGAUAUGGUAGGUAGUGCUAGUGGUGGAAAUUUGCUGGGAACAUCUCUGCAGCGAAAUAAUCCAAAAGUGAAGAUUGGUAACCUUUUAACUUGGGUGGGGGGGAUGGUGGUAACUGCCAAUAUUUUAGCUGACCAACCCCAUGCAAAAGUCUGACUUAUUUUUACAUCCACUUGCCUCCAUUGCUAAUCUGGCUUCACUUCUGUUACCCUCUACCACCUCCUUAUAAAUGUCUCCCUGGCUUCUAGUUUCGGAAAAGCCUAGUAACCUGGGACACAUCUAGUUCUUUUUACAGCACAUGUAUGACGAUUCAUGUUUAUGAUGAAUAUCCAGGCUGUGACACGUGAUCCUAAUUUCAAUACUAUUUGCACCUGCAAGCGUUUGAGGCGGUCACACUGCUUCAUUUCCAAUCAGUGCAUAUCCCUGUAACUUCUUGCUGAAAUCCUGUAACUUUUCAUACCACUAAUGUUCUGGUUUUUGGGUUAUUUUGUACCCACACCCUUUGUUGCGUUAUUAGCCUGUCUGGGCAACAACAGCAUUUGGGGGUAAUCCUGUUGCGUACCGCUUAAAGACUACAGAGUUAAGCAGAAUAUAAAUAGUUGGAAAAAAUGAAGAAUGCAACUCACAGAGUACAAAUGCAUCCAUCCACCUUUCACUCACUUGCUGUUUUUCCUUCUCCAGACCACUGAAGAAGUUGUUCAGAAGAUGACGGGGCUCAAAGUCCCUUCCUCACGCAAACAAACCAACGACACCCUCUACAUCCCAGACUGGGAAAAGAGGGUUCCUGACGAAAUGGACUACAGAAAGAAAGGCUAUGUUACUCCAGUCAAGAAUCAGGUGAAAAUCCUCAUCUCUUUUUUCUGUUUACAGCUUCUUGCUGGGUGGGCCUUAAGUCAUCCCUGCAUGGCUUGUGAUGCUGUCUGCUCCUUCCCUUUGGUCCAAGGAUCCCACUUUAGACAAAAGGAGGGCCUUCUUCACACACACACACACACACACACACACACACACACUGCACAGCAUAGUCAAACUCUGGAAUUUGCUCCCACAAGAGGUAGUGAUAGCCACCAACUUGCAUGGCUUUAAAGGAGGAUUAGACAAAUUCAUAGAGGAGAAUUUUUUUGCUAUUGUGUGGGGGUGGUUGUGUCUUUAUGCUCCUUCAGAACCACGCCGGGCUCUGUCGGGAGGAAAGACACAAAUAAUAAGCACAAAAUAAUAAUAGCUGUUAUCCUGUUUGGGGAGCCAUGAUAAUGACUCCCAAAUGAUAAAGAUAAUAAAAAAGAAUUGUGUUUCGGGAGCCAUGGUAAUGACAAUAAAGAGUAAUUCUGUUUGGGGAGCAAUACUAAUGAUAAUUAAGAAGAAUUGUGUUUUGAGAGCUGUGGUAAUGAUAAUAGAUGCUAAUUCUGUUUUUGGAAGCCAUGGACUAAUCCAAUCAUACCUGUAUACCCAAUGCAGAGAUGCAGAAGACUUAUUCACCCUGGAGCACAAGCAAAGCCAAAUAGCACACCGUUUUGGGGAAAGGCUGUUUUGAUCACAACCGCUUCUCGUUUUGAGUUUGUUCCCCCUUCUUUCUUGGCAGGGCCAGUGUGGGUCCUGCUGGGCUUUCAGCUCCGUGGGUGCCUUGGAGGGGCAGCUCAAGAGGAAGACUGGCAAGCUGCUUAACCUCAGCCCACAGAACCUGGUGGACUGCGUCACCGACAAUGAUGGCUGCGGGGGCGGCUACAUGACCCAUGCCUUUGAAUACGUGAAGGAGAACCGAGGCAUUGAUUCGGACGAUUCCUACCCAUAUAUCGGCCAGGUAAUGGGAAACCUGAGCUCCAAACCAAAACUCUACUGCUCCUCUGCACAAUCUGCCAUGCUCUGUAUUCACCCUCUCCUGUUCAUCCACCUUGCAGGAUGAAAACUGUAUGUAUAACCCAACUGGUAAAGCUGCCAAGUGCCGUGGUUACAGGGAGAUUCCCGAGGGGAACGAGAAGGCCCUGAAAAGAGCUGUUGCCCGGAUAGGCCCCAUCGCUGUGGGCAUCGAUGCCAGCCUGGCCUCCUUCCAGUUCUACAGCCGAGGUAAGAGAGGAUGGACUACUGCAGCAAAAUGGCAAACAAAAAUGCAUAGAUUGGGGGAAAGUCAGCAUAAACGUCCAUAGAUUCAUGGCAAUUUCAUAGAGAAAGGCAUAAUAUUUGGGGAAAUGGCAUGCCAAACUGUAUAAGGCAAAAUAUUACACACUCAUUUUUUAAUAAUUAACUGCAUUUAUAAGGAGCUCAAGGCAGCAUCUACAUAGUUCUCCCUCUCCUCAUUUUACCCCCACAACAACCCUUUGGCUGAGGGGGAUGCUUAACCCUGGACUUCCUUGUCCUAGUAUGACACUCAAAGCUUAACAAUGACCCUGUGCAGUAGGUUAGGCCAGCCCAAGGUCACACCCAGGGACCACCAUGUGGCCAAGUGGAAGGAUUUGAACCCUGGUCUCUUCCAGGUCCUAGUCCAACCGUUCAACCACCACACUGCACUGGAGAAAUGCACAGUACAAUUUUGGCAUUUUUUUUUGCAAGGUGGACUUUUUUAUUUUAAAGCACAUAAACACUAUGCAGGAAAGAUCUGCAGUAGCUGAAUUUAAGAUUGGAAAAAGGAGGCACUAAAACCGACUAAUUUGUCCAUCCCAUUUUGAGAACCACAGAGAUUGCGAUAGGAUAAACUGAGUCAUACCCUGCCCCUUCUGGUUUCCUUAGGUGUGUAUUACGAUGAGCAAUGCGAUGCCGGCAACAUAAACCAUGCUGUCCUGGCCGUGGGCUAUGGGACUCAGAAAGGCACCAAGCACUGGAUUGUUAAAAACAGGUACAUAUCUGAAGUUUUCUAAAAGUAUGUCCAAGAAUGGUGGGUUUGGGGAGCUCUAAUAGGUGGCUAAGAGACUUUAACAUCUCUACACUCCUUACGUUCCUGGUCCCAGGCGAUUUUGGCUUUUGAAAGCAAUCACCACUGCUUUAAGUAGAGGCAGGAAAUGAAUAGAUACCCAGAGCAGAUGAAACAAAACAGAAGUGACAUCUCACCUGCCUGGUUAUCUGAAUUUUCUAAUGUGUCGGCUGACAGAGAAUGUUUAUUCACGUUCUUACUCUUUCUCUUUCUUUCUUUCUUUCUUUCUCCCUCUCCUCCCCAUAGCUGGGGGGAAGAGUGGGGCAACAAGGGCUACAUCCUGAUGGCCCGGAAUAUGGACAACGCCUGCGGGAUUGCCAACCUGGCCAGCUUCCCAAAGAUGUGACCAGGCCACACAUGCACUAUCACACCAGAAGUGGCCCUCAUGUCAGCAAAUGGCUGGCUUCCUGAGCUGACAUUACGGAGCACUAACAAGGGACUUCUGUGAAAGCUGUUUUGCUGCAAUGAUAUAGGCAGUUGUCUGUGACAGCAUAUUAAAAGGCUUUCUUUCAUUUUCAUUUUUUUUU